AUGGCUUCCCGUCUUCUCCUCCUCCUCGCCACCUUGGCCCUUCUCUUCGUCGCAGCCGCAGGGCAGGAGGGCAACAAUAUCUCGAAGCCGUUUAAUCCGUCCUGCUCGACGUCGGACAACUACACCGACGGCAGCCAGUACAAGAAGAACCUGGACCAGUUCCUGGCCGCGCUCCCCACGGCGGCCGGCGACAACGGCUGGUUCUACAAGGGCAGCGCCGGGUCGGGGCCCGACGCGGUGUUCGGCCUCAUCAUGUGCUUCGCGGACCGCGACGCGUCCGAUUGCCUCUACUGUAUCUCCACGGCGUCAGCCGGGAUCACGACGGCGUGCCCGGGCAGCCGGAACGUGAGCGCGGCGUACGACGCGUGCGUCCUCCGGUACUCGACCGCGCCGAUCCCCACCACCGCGGACCUCGGCUACGUAUUCGCCGAGCCGCUGACCGGCAUCGGCAUGCCUUUGACCUCAGAAGCUGUGCUGGACGUCUGGGUGCCGCUGAUGGCCGCCCUCUCAAGCUCCAUCGCCUUUGACACGUCGCGGAGUUUCAGAAGCAGCAUGCCGUACUCGAGCACGGGCUCGCAGGAGAUGGAGAUGUACGGGCUGGCACAGUGCACCAGGGACCUCAACGGCAGCGAGUGCUCGACCUGCAUCAGGAGCUACGCCGUCAGGCUGCGGAAGCUGUUUCCCAGUCACACGGGAUGCUCCAUCAAGGGCUACAGCUGCUACCUGCGCUACCAGGUGUCGUUCCUGAUAGACAUCACUCUGCCGCCGGCGCCGGCUCCGGCUCCGGCGCCACCUACGUCUUCGCCGCCAACUCCAGGUACACAUCCUCCUGCUGCGGCUUCCUUGUGGGUGUGGGAGUACCACAGCAGAGGAGCCAUCCUCGACGCCGCCGACGCACGGUUCAAGGGUGAGUUGGAGGCCCGGGAGAUGGAGACCGUGAUGGUCGUCGGCCUCUGGUGCGCGCACCCUGACCGGAGCCUCCGACCGUCCAUCCGGCAGGCCGUCAGCGUGCUGCGGUCUGAGAUGCCACUGCCUAAUCUGCAGGCGAGGAUGCCGGUGGCAACCUAUGAGCCACCACCUGAUGCCUUCUACUAUACAUCUACCACUGUCACAAGCGUUAAUAGCAGCACCACUCGAUCCAGCAUGACAAUCACAACUGUCCUGCCCAAAUGA